AUGCGCCCUGUCUACGACCUUCGUGUUCUGCCAGCCAUGAUCGGUACCACGGUCACACUCCUCUGCGUUAUUCACGGAACAUUGGCUGCUUGUCCGUACAUGCAAGGUGGGCAAGGAAUUCAGGGGCAAUCGUCGGAGCAUGAAGCGAAGACCUACGUGAAACGGCAGACCUCGCUUUCCAACAGCACGGAUCCUGUCGACACUUUCCUUGAUCAAUUUACGCUCAACGACACCGACACGUAUAUCACUUCGGACGUUGGUGGGCCUAUCCAGGACCAAGAGAGUUUGAAGGGGGGAAUCAGGGGGCCUACGCUUCUCGAGGACUUUAUGUUCAGACAGAAGAUCCAGCACUUUGAUCAUGAACGGGUCCCGGAGAGAGCUGUCCAUGCGCGAGGCACAGGGGCUCAUGGUGUCUUCACAAGCUACGCCGACUGGUCGAACAUCACCGCGGCUUCGUUUCUCUCUGCCGCAGGGAAACAGACGCCCAUGUUUACCCGGUUUUCUACUGUUGCAGGAAGUAGAGGCAGCCCAGAAACGGUCCGAGACGUCCACGGCUUUGCCACUCGUUUCUACACUGACGCUGGAAAUUUUGACAUUGUCGGAAACAACAUCGCACCCUUUUUCAUUCAGGAUGCUAUCCAAUUUCCUGACUUAAUCCAUGCUGUUAAACCGGAACCAGACAGAGAAAUUCCACAAGGUGGAACCGCUCACACCACAGCGUGGGAUUAUUUCAGUCAACAGCCCUCCACUUUGCAUACCCUGUUCUGGGCCAUGGCGGGCUAUGGCAUUCCACGAUCCUUCCGGCAUAUGGAUGGCUUUGGAGUCCAUACUUUCCGUUUCGUGACCGAGGAUGGUAAUUCGAAGCUGAUCAAAUGGCACUGGAAGACCCUGCAGGGUAAGGCAAGCCUGGUGUGGGAAGAAGCCCAGGUGUUGGCGGGGAAGAACAUCGACUAUCACAGGCAGGAUCUGUGGGAUGCCAUUGAGGCCGGUCAGUAUCCAGAGUGGGAACUGGGAGUACAGAUCAUGGAUGAAGCCGACGAGCUCAGCUUCGGAUUUGACCUGCUCGACCCCACCAAGAUCGUGCCAGAGGAGAUCGUGCCAGUCACGAUCCUGGGUAAGAUGACCCUGAACCAGAAUCCUCGCAACUAUUUUGCCGAAACGGAGCAGAUCAUGUUCCAACCAGGACAUAUCGUCCGUGGGAUCGAUUUCACAGAGGACCCUCUCCUUCAGGGCCGAAUCUACUCCUAUCUCGACACCCAAUUGAACAGACACGGGGGUCCCAACUUUGAGCAGUUGCCUAUCAACCGACCGCGAAUACCUAUCCACAACAACAACCGGGAUGGAGCUGCGCAGAAUUACAUUCCCCUCAACGUCAACGCUUACACGCCUAACACAGGCAACAACGGCUCGCCCAUGCAAGCUAAUCAGACUGUAGGGGACGGGUUCUUCACGGCCCCAGGCCGUACAGUGGGCGGGCACCUCGUGCGGGAGAAGUCGUCGACGUUUGCAGACGUGUGGUCUCAGCCGCGGAUGUUCUACAACUCGUUGAUCCCGGUAGAGCAGCAAUUCCUCAUCAAUGCGAUGCGCUUCGAGACCUCGCACAUCACGUCCCCAGUCGUCAAGCAAAACGUCAUCACGCAGCUGAACCGCGUCGACAACGACCUGGCGGUGCGACUUGCGGAGGUGCUAGGAGUACCUGCCCCAGCGCCGGACCCGACGUACUACAACAACAACCGCACAGCGUUUGUGUCCAUCUUCAACUACUCGCUGCCGACGAUCGCGGCGCUGAACGUGGGCAUCCUUGCCAGCGUCACGGUUCCAGGCUCUAUGGCACAGGCGACCGCGCUGGCCCAGGCCCUUUCGCAGGCCGGCGCUUUCCCCCUCAUUGUAGGCGAGACGCUGACCGGCGCGGUCAACCAGACCUACUCAGCCUCGGACGCGAGCGGGUUCGACGGCGUCAUCGUCACCACGGGGACCGACGCCCUCUUCACCACAAACUCGUCCACCUCGGCCCUCUACCCCGCGGCCCGCCCGCUACAGAUCCUCCUCGACGCCUACCGCUGGGGGAAACCCGUCGGUGCCUUGGGAGAAGUCACCGCGUCCACCGUCCUCGGACCCGCUGUCGCCAACAUCCCCGCCGGCCCGGGCGUGUAUACCCUAAACUCGACGGAUACAAGGCCGUUUGUGACCGCCUUUGAGGGUGGGCUGAAGACGUUCCGCUUCGUCGACCGGUUCCCGCUCGACUCGUCCUGA